AGGCUUCUUAGAAACCGCCCGCAUGAUAGAUUAGAUGAAUUCCCUUUUAUGAACAUGACGAUUUCGUUGUGUGUUAUGUAUGAUGUAUUGUGUAUUGUGUGUUCUGUGUUUUGUGUGAUGUUUACGUGUGGUGUGUGUUUUGUGUGUUAUGUUGUGUGUGGUGUAUGUUGCGUUUCUUUUCCUUUUCUCUUUUCCUUUUUCUUUUGGUGACUGGCGUGUUUUGUUUUGUUUUUGUUUUUCUUUUUCUUUUUCUUUCUAUCUCUCUUCUUUACGCUUUUCUCUUGUUUUGGGUGUUUUGGGAUGGAAUAUCUUUUUAUGGCGUUGGGUUUGGCUGGGUAUGGGACUGGAAACGGAAACGGCAAGUGGCAUGGAUGCCUUGAUACCUGAUACCCCGAUAUGCCUGCGAGGCAGGACACGACUAUUACUACAUAUACCCUUGGACACGACAAUACAUUGAUAUAAUUCAGAUGGCUUCAUCUGGAUCUCAAUUUAACUAUGAUCUUGACAUCUUUCAUGAUAGCUAGACUUUAUUACCUAAUACCCUCUCUUUUUUUUUCCCUUUUUUUCCCCCUCACUC